AUGAAUAAUAAUAAUAAUAAUAAUAAAAAUAAUAAUAAUAAUAAUUUUUUAAUUAAGAAACAAAAGAAAUUAGUAUUCAUAAGAAUAUUAAUGUAUGGAUUAUUGAUAUUUUUAAUAUCAUUAAUUGUAUAUUCAAAUUCUUUAGAAGGUGAAUUUUGUUUUGAUGAUCAAUUUGCAAUUGUUAAUAAUAAGGAUGUAGUUGGAUAUAAUGAUGAACACUCAGGUACUGAUUCAUCAACUAUUGGAAUACCAAAUACUAUGGAUAGUAUGAGAGAUGAUGAAAUCUUUAAAGAUAAAACCGAGGGAGUUUAUCAAGAAUAUGAACAAGAUGAAAUCAUUCCAAUGAAAAAAAUUUCAAUUGCAUACCAAUAUUUUAGCAAAUUAUUAUCACACGAUUUUUGGGGACAGGAUAUCACAAAAACAGAUUCACAUAAAUCUUAUAGACCAUUAACAACCCUAUCAUUUAGAUUCAAUUUCAUAACAUCAGGUUAUAAAUUAGAUUCUGAAUCAUUUCAUCUUACAAAUGUUUUUUUACAUAGUAUAGUUUCAGUUUAUAUAUUUUUCAUUUCAUUAUUAAUUUUUAAACCAAUUAAUAAUGAAAAUGAAGAAGAAAAAGAAGAAGAGGGAAAAAAAGGAAAAGAAGAAAAUGAGAAAAAGACAUCAUAUUUAUUAAAAUUAUUAGGUGUUGAUGAAUUUUGUUGCUUUUUAACAUCAUUAUUUUUUUCAUUACAUCCAAUUCAUACUGAAGCAGUAAGUGGUAUUGUUGGUAGAGCAGAAUUAUUAUGUACAGUCUUUUUAAUGAUAUCAUUAUUAUCAUUUUUAAAAUGUUGUAAUGUUAAUUCAACUCAUUGGGGUUAUUUUUUCAUUUCAAUUUUUAGUUUAAUCUUUUCAACUUUAUCAAAAGAGACUGGAUUUUGUUUAGUUUUCAUUUUACCAAUUACUGAUUUCCUUUUAGUACAAUAUCCAAAUUUUAAAAAACAACAACAACAAAAUUCUAGAAAAUCAUCAUCCUCUUCACCACUUUCAUUAAUGUUUUUAAUUAGAACUAUUAUAAUUUCAAUUGUUGGUUUUAUUUUCAUAUAUAUUAGAAAAUUAAUUACAGUUAAUAUGGUUUUAGAUAAUUUUAGAAUGUUGGAGAAUCCAAUUGCAAGAGAACCAAUUUUACUCACUAGAAUUUUAUCAUUAAUGAAUUUACAUUCUAGAUAUCUAUGGUUAUUAAUUUAUCCAAUGAAUUUAUCAGCUGAUUGGAGUUUUAAUUGUAUUCCAUUAAUUAAAGAUAUUUCAAAUCCUUUAAAUAUCUUAUCAAUUUUAUCUUAUUCAAUCAUUUUAUUCACUUUAAUUUAUUAUUUCUUAAAAAUUCAAUUCUUUACAAUCAUUUUCAAAUCUUUAAUUUCUUUAAAGAAUUUAAUAAUUAAAAGUAAAAAACAAAAAAGAUAUAAUAAUAAUAAUAAUAAUAAUAAUAAUAAAAACUCUGAUGAUGAUGAUGAAGAAGAUAAUAAUAAUGAAAAUAAUGAAAAUAAUAAAAAUAAUAAAAAUAAUAAUAAUAAACCAGAAUAUUAUAAUUCAAUUUUAUGGUGUAUUUUAUUUGGUAUAAUUUCAUUUUUACCAUCAAGUAAUAUUUUCUUUUAUGUUGGUACAGCAAUUGGUGAACGUUUACUUUAUAUCCCUUCAAUUGCAUAUUGUUUAUUACUUUCAAGAUUUUUAACAUUACCUUUAAUUUAUUUAUCAAAUAAAAAUAAUAAUAAAAAUAAUAAUAAAAAUAAUAGUAUUAAAAAUAAUAAUAAUGAUAAUAAUAAAUCUGAAAUAAUUUCAACUAAAACUGAAUCAAAUACAAUUGGUACAACUAAAAAAAGAACAAAUAAAAUUUUAACUUCUUCAUCAUCAUCAUCUUCUUCUUCUUCUUCUUCUUCUUCUUCUUCUUCUUCUUCUUCUUCUUCUUCUUCACAAUCUCAUUCUUCAUCUUCUUCAUCAUCAUUAUCAACUAAUAUUAAAAAUAAUAAUAAUUUAAAAGAAUCAAAAAUUUAUAAAAUUUAUUUAAUUUUAUUAAUUUUAAUUAUAAUUUUAUUAACAAGUUUUUAUUCAAUAAAAACAUGGAAAAGAAAUGAAGAUUGGAAAAAUGAAGAAUCAUUAUUUUUGAGUGCAUUAAAAGUUUGUCCAAAUAGUGCAAAAGUUCAAUAUAAUGUUGGUAUUCUUUAUAGAAGAACUAAAGAAUGGGAUAAAUCAAUAAACCAUUUUAAUAGAGCAAAAGAGAUUUUACCAGACUAUUGUGAUGUUGAUUAUUUCUAUGCAUUAACAUUAAUUAAUAAGAAUGGCGAUUAUAAUGAAGCUAAACCAUAUUUAAAUAAAUCAAUGAAUUGUCGUUACACACAAGUUAGAUCAUUGGAGGCAAUUAAUGAAAUUAUGACAUUCUUAUUAAAUUCAGACCCAGACAAUCCAAUACUCUUAUCUGAUUGGGCAAAUUAUGAAAAAGAACUACAACCUGUAAAUUCAGCAAUGCAUUUCCAUAAGGCUGCUUUAAUCCACAGCAAUCAAGGCGACAAAAAAUUAGCUCUUCAAUUAUUAAAAGAGUCUUUAGACUCAUUAUCACGUGUCAAUGAUACAAUGUUGAGUAAAAAAUCCAUUGAAAGGGAUAAAAGAAUUAUAAAUGAACUAUAUUGUCAAGAUUAUAUUUGGCUAUCAGCGGUUUAUUUCGAUUUACAAGACAAUGAUCAAUCGGUGAAUGCUUUGAAUUAUAUUUAUAAAAAUUGUAAAAAUUUUAAAAAGAUUUGGAAUGAAGGUUUAUUAUCAUUGGUAAAUUUAAAACUUUACGCUUUAAAAAAUGAUAAAUCUGGUAAAUUACCAUCAGUUAAUGAAAUCCUAUUAAUUCGUACUCAAAUGUCACAAAUAAAAGAUAAAGAAUAUAAACUUGGUUCAACACAAUUCUUAGCACAAUACGCUCAAAAUUAUGAAUCUGUAGAUUUCAAUAAAGCUGUUCAACUCUAUGAAAAACUUUUAUCAAUCUCUCCAGAUACCUCUUCCUAUUACAAUCAUUUACCAUUACUUCGUUUAUCUUGGUAUUAUAAAAAUAUUAAAAAUGAUCAAUCUCAAUUUGAAAAAUAUUUUAAACAAUUAAAUUUAAAUUUAAUAUUUGAUAAUGAUUUAAAAAAACUAUUCUCUGAAUUAUAA